GACCACGCGGAGCGGAAAGAUGCGCGUUUAUUGUAGCCUAACGCUGCACGACUUCAUCUGUAGCCUACUAAAAUUAUUAUUACUCUCUAAUUAUCCUGUAUAGAAACAAACAAUACAUGUUGAGAGUAGAAUAACCAACAUAUGGGAUAUCAAGGUGCAAAGACCUAGGCGACUCUGGUAUUCCUGAAACGUUAUUCAACAUGGAUUAGACCUGUUAUUAGACAGUACAAUGCUUCCACAAGAUGUAGGACUGCAAAAGCCCCGGGUCUCCGAUCCGGCUCCGCCGAUUCCACCACGGCGGGACAAGAACAGAGACUUUGCUCUUUUAAAGCGCCGGCGGUCGGGCACCGUACCUGAGCGCAAGGUGAACUGCGUUCUAGUUGGAGAUGGAGCAGUCGGUAAAACAAGUCUCAUCGUCAGCUACACUACAAAUGGAUAUCCUACAGAGUACAUUCCUACUGCUUUCGACAACUUUGCAGCUAUGGUUGUGGUGGACGAAAAACCUGUGAGAUUGCAACUCUGGGAUAUGGCUGGUCAGAGAUGGGGGAUGGAGGAUGACACUAUAAAUGACGAGCUGGAACGUCUCUGGCCUCUAUGCUACCGCAACGCCGAUGUUUUCCUGCUCUGCUACAGCGUGGUGCGUCCCUCGUCCUUCCGCAACGCCACCAAUCAUUGGGCUCGCGAGAUCCGCCACCACUGCCCCGGGGCGCCCGUGGUGCUGGUGGGAACCCAGCUGGACCUGAAGGAAGACGUCCAAGUGCUGAUCCAGCUGGACAGGAACCAGGAGCGUCCGGUGGGCGCCGAAGAGGCCACGCAGCGGACACAGGAGGUCGGGGCCGUGUCCUUCGUCGAGUGCUCGGCUCUGACCCAGAAGAACCUGAAAGAGGUGUUUGACCAGGCCAUAUUGGCCAGCCUUCAGCAGUCGGAGAGUGUUCAGUCAGUGCUGCAGACGCAGAGCCUAAGGAAGAAGACCCCGGAGAAAAUCAAGAGUCUCUCUGAGACGUGGUGGAGGAAGCUGAACUGUGUUGUUGUUCAAGGAGAGUGUCAUGGUGGAGACUGAACACCCAACGCAGCGGUUUUGGGAUGUUGGAUUUUUCAACGCUUAUUUUUUUCUCUUAUUUUAUUACAGAUAUAAUAUAUGAACUGAAACAAAUAUAUCUUGGAAAAAGUGUAAAAGCAUUAUCUAGAGACUCAAGAAACAAUCUAAUGUCUAACAAUUCCAGGGAUCAGAUAGCAUUAUCAUUGCUGGCAAGAUAAUGACUGCAAGAUAAUGAAGUGUUAGUCAUAGCAUAUGUUAACUUCUUGUCAUCUCCCAAGUAGUAAAUAGUUUGGUUUUUGGAGUCCGUUAAUGUAGGCACAGCCAGUCUGAAUUAGGUGAUUGGAUUUUAGUCAGAUCCAAUAGCUGGGAUGAAUGCGAACAUAUGACCUCUGUGUCAUCCAGUGUAACUCCACCGAUGGUUGAAUGUCACCAAUGGGGGUAUGUUGUGGGGGACUACGAGAACCAGCGUGUACAAACUGAAAAAGGCAAAUUGCAGAGAAGUCUACUUUGUUUGACCAUAAAGUGUGUGAAUGUUGUUUAAUAUUAGAUGAAGUACAGUCAUCGUUCAGGGUUUCAUGUUUGACUGCACCAAAACGCUGUUCCUGUAUCAGUUGUCGCCAUUGCUGGACACCAAUUUAAAUCCAACACGGGUAAAGGAUACUCCAGGGCCUCUCAGAUUGACUCUAAUCGGCUUUAAUCUGCAGAUCAGUUGGUUUGGCUCACUCCUCUAAACCCUGGUCAGGUCUGGUGUGGUGAUAAGUCGUAAUGGUUCCUCUACAGCUUUCUAAUAGGACGUGACAAGACCACCUGGACAAAUUAGCAGGACAUAUGGGUUUUGACUGAAUGCCCUCACACAGUUACACAUUAAACCUGCAUCAGCCACGUCUCCAAGCCUGUCUCACUGCUGUACCACAAUGAAGGCAUAGAUUACUGGGUUACCGGGUUACGGCAUAUGCCCUAGGUUCCAGAGAAGGAUACUCAGUAGUUAUUCUUAUUAAUAAGUAGGUAGUUUCUGCAAAUGGACAUACAUCUCUGGCACCCUGAAGGGUUUUAAAGGACUUAAAACUAAGUUUGACAAUGGCAGAAAAUCAGAUUUUACUGAAUAAUGUCACUGAAAGUUGAAAAAGGUGGUGACAAGCAGACCUGAUUAGUUCGUGAAACAUUUAACAGGAAAAGGAGUGGUGAUAAAGUGAUGUAACAUCUUGUAAAUCUCCAGGAGGUUUGCAGAGAAAAUCCUGCAAUGUUCUACUGUCAUAAAAGAAGUUUGCAACUAGGGGUCGCUAAAGCAUUACAUUUGCUGUGCCACAAUUCGUGCUCUUUCGAGCGUCAAGUUGACUUAAGGUCAGUGCAUUUCUAUCAUAUACCUAUGUUUAUUAUUGGUAUGUAUGUUAUUAGUGACAUACAUCUAUUUAUACUGGUUAAAGGCAUUUGUUUAAAGCUGAUAAUCUACAGUGCCACUGAUAUAAAUACUGUAUGAAUCAAUGCCUCAUUCAGGUACCUAAUCCAUUUUAACAAAUGUGUGGUUCUGUAGAAAGUUCUGUAGCCUACAGUUAAGUCUCCUAGCCAGAGGGUGCAAUGACACUGAGUAAGACUUGUCCUAAGAAAAAAACUUUUUGAUGGAUAGCCGGUUCAGGAGAGUCUCCGGCGGUGGCUUGGGAUGUUAACAGUUGGAUAUUAAAUACUAGAAGCUUGAGACAGAAGUUGUUUGGCUCAUCGUUAUAUCCACACCUUACAGUUCCAACCUGCCUGAGUCUACAGAAGGUGUUCGGCAAAGAGUGGCCCAUCCACAAGCCAAAACUGUCCUGUCUAGGGAUCCCCUAACAUUCCCCUCAAACCUGUUAGUGAUCCCCCAAGAUUUAUUUUCAUCCAAAAAGACUAAAAUCACCAGACAUUACACAAAAGACGUGUUUAGUUUAGAAAACCUAGUCCCACGAAUCCCCGCAGGUUAUCUAACAUGUGUUACCUGAUCCUGUUCCAUUGUUAUCCAGGUAUACAAUUAUUGCUUUUUGGGCUUAGUUGUGGUCAAUUUGCUGUGUACAAAUAUUCAUUUAGGAUCAUUAUCCUCAUGUUCUGACCCUGGUCUAGAAAAUAUUGGCUCCCAGCUCAGCCUAGUCUCCUGCCCCUGUCCUAUUGUGUACCACACGCAGCGGGCUGUUUUUAGAGGACCUGACUGUUCUUACAAAGGGGUCUAUUUCCGUCCCCCCUCUUAGCUGUGCUCUUCAACUGGUUUUAUUGGCUCUGAGAGGCAUUGAGAAGCUAAGUCAAAGACAACAGCUCUGACCCUGUUGUGCCGUCAUGCAGAUCUACUCAAAGUAAUAGUUAUACUCAUGGGCAAACACAACUGAUUGUAGUCAACGCAGAAAUCUUAUUUCACUCAGCUUCAACUGUCCAAGUGCCUUCUCCCCAACCAUUCCCCUCCAUCAAGUCUUGGGCCCACCGCCCCUAUUCCCAGACGCAUUUCUCAUACUCUUUUUGUCAAUUAGGGAGGGGUUCUUCUCUGCCGGCAAUGUAACACAUGCGGGGGGGGGGCUAUAUUUAACGCCCAAAGCCCCCCUUUCAGUCCCAGCCUGCUGGUGGCGUUCCUCAAGGCACCUAUUUUGGCCCUAUUGCAUUUUGAAAUGCCAGGCAGCUUUAAAUAGAGCAGGACGAUGCCUGAAGAGUGGAAUUCUCAAGUAGAAAGUGCUUGGACGGACUUUGGCUCUGAAGGACACAACGGUUGUAUGCAGUUAGCUGUCAUUGUUGGUGUGACUUUAUAAUGAAUGUGUUACUGUUUUAACACACGUGCACCUACAGAAAAAAAGAUUUAAGGAAGUAUUUGUGUAUUUGUCUUUUAAAGAAACACAUUCUGACAUUGUCUGUCUCUCUCUCUAAGCUGGGUAUUUGACAGGUUGGUAUUUAUAGCCAGUUCUAAACAAAGGGUUCAGGGGGAUCUGCAUGCUAAGAGGGCCUUUUGUCUCAGCCUGAUGAUGUAUUAGGUCACGGAAUUUACUCAUCGUACACAACAUCUGAAAGGUCUUGUCUAGUCUGUCAGUGUGUCAAGCCAGCGGCUUAGUAGAAAAACCUUCAUAAGCGCAGCGUUGGAUGAGGAUUGCACUCCACAUCCUAAACUGGCUACGUUGGUCAUGGAGGUUGUUAAUGUCAGACUGGUUCAAGAGGGGAUGUGUUUAGUGAUUUUAUUGUUUCAGGCAAUUUUAGUGUUUUAUUGUUUCAGGCGGUUUUAGUGAUUUUGUGGUUUCAGGCACAACGGAGGGCAGAUGGAUUUCCAGGAACAGAAAGUAAUUUAACUAAAAUAAUAAUUUGACAUAAUGUACUAUCUUUGUAAAGACCUGCAUUUUAGGAAUGGGAUGAACAUUAAUGUGGGUUUGUGAGACACCAUUAGUAAAAAAAAAUGUGGCACAAUGUCCAACACACGUUGUAACAUUUCAGGUCUGUAUGGAUUGCAGCUGUCAAGUCAUUUGAGGUGGCGGGAUACUACCCAUAAAUGUCUUUACUCUUCAUCCUGUUGCCAGUGCUGGACAGUGACAUAGAUAGCAAGCAGCAUCGGUCAAUAAACGGUGGUAAAUAAAAUACCCUCACACUAUAACUAUUUCAGUUACUUUAAGAGUGAGAUGUAAUUAAAGAAAAUGAAGUGUCAUGUAUUAGUUAAUGAAAUUAUGUCUUUAGGGAUCUCACAACGAUACAUCAGUGUUGUUGUUUCAUAAUUCACAUAUAAACAUGAACAAAAAGAGACGACUCCUAUUCAAAUGGGAUUUUAUUCAAAGCAGUUUUUUUUAAGUGGAUGAAAAUUUGUUUGAAUUGUUUUUAAAUACAAAUAAAGUGAUCAAAAACACAAAUGUCUGUAGAAAUAAAACACAAUC